AUGGUAGUACUCGUAGGGUAAGGAGGGGGAAUGACGCUCAGUGGGUAAUGGCGUUCACCUAGGUAAAUCUAUCAAAACGCAGCAUAGCAACACGCCACGACGCAUGAAGGCGCGGGGGAAGGGGGCCUCUCAUAGGCGGCGACACGAACCGACAGUCAGCCCGCAUCACCUGACCGUGAAGUGCGUUUCUUUGUUUGAGGCCGCGCCGAUGUAAUUUUACGUUUGGUGUUUUCUGUCGAUAUGCCAAGAAAACGUGAAAGGACCACUACUAAAGCGGCUUGGACUGAAGAUGAUCUCCAAACUGCAAAAACAGCGAUUGAAGGAGGUAUGUCCAAAAGACAAGCCGCAAAACAGUGUAACAUACCAUUUACAACUUUAAGAGAUCGACUAAAAAAUGAAAACAUGAGCAAUCCAAGACUAGGUCGCAAGCCUGUUUUCACAAAACAGCAAGAAAAUGAAAUUGCUGAACAAGUUAAGUUGCUGGGUUCACUGUACUACGGAUUAAAUGUCGCCGAUUUGCGUAAACUUGUUUAUAAAUAUGCUGAGCUCAAUAAUAUCAAAAACAAUUUUGAUCACAACAGCAAAACAGCUGGACUGGAUUGGGUACACGCCUUUAUGAGACGCAAUCCUUCAGUCUCUAUACGCAAAGCCGAAGCGACAAGCUUAAAUAGAAUUUUAGCUUUCAACAAAGAAGAAAUAAAACAUUUCUAUGAUAAACUUAGCGACUUAAUGGAAAAACAUAAGUUUAUUCCCAGCAACAUUUAUAACGCUGACGAAACGGGUGUCACCACGGUGACAGACCCAGGAAAAGUUCUUGCUGAAAAAGGACAAAGAAGAGUCGGGUUUGUUGCAAGCGGCGAGCGAGGGAGGAACACAACAGUCAUGUGUGCGAUGAGUGCAGCCGGAAACUUCAUACCGCCCAUGUUUAUUUUUGCCAGACAGAGAAUGACGCCUUUAUUAGAAAAAGAUGGACCAGCUGGUGCGUUAUACACUAUCUCUAAAAAUGGAUGGAUAAACGAAGAAUUAUUUGUCACUUGGCUCAAACAUUUUGCAGCAUUUGCUAAGCCGACCCAAGAAUCGCCUGUGUUAUUAAUUAUUGAUAAUCACAGCAGUCAUAUUUCUCUUCAAGCUUUUAAUUUUUGCAAAGAAAACUUCAUAAUAAUGCUUUCCAUUCCACCACACAGUUCUCACAGAACACAGCCAUUGGAUGUGUCUUUUUAUGGGCCGUUAAAAACUGCUUACAAACAUGAAUGCAACAGACACAUGAAGUCACAUUUACUGUCUAGUAUAACUCCAUAUGAUGUCGCAGGUCUUUUCAAUAAAGCAUAUGUACAGGUUGCGAAUAUAAGUAAAGCCGAAUCUGGAUUUCGAGCCACAGGGAUUUACCCAUUGAACCCGAAUGUUUUUACUGAAGAAGACUUUCUGGCAGCGUCGCUGAUGGCACAAGAAUCGGAGCAAAUAACUGAAAAUCAAGAUCCUAAUAUCCAGAAUUCUGACGAUGUGCAGUGUGAUGACACGGCUCUAAUUUCAGGACAUAAAUCUCCUGUGGCAGGUCCAUCAAAUAAGGAUGAUUGCCCUGAACCAGUUUUGGCAGUUAAUCGUAACCAAAAACCCGUUGAUGAGCCAAGAUCUCCGGUAUCAUUUGCUGCUAUAGCAAUCACACCUACUCCAGGACCAUCUUUUAAGCGAGGUCAAAGAAAGCGAAAACAACAUGCUACCAUUUUAACAGCAACCCCUAUGAAAAUUAUUUUAGAAGACAAAGAAAAGAAAAAAGUAGAGAAACUUAAGAAAACGGGGAAAAAAGUUGCCAAAGGGAAGAAACCAAAGAAACAAAAAACGCACAAGAGAAAAAUUUUAAUGUCCAGUUCUUCAAAUAGUGAUGAUGGAGACCAAAUAUGCGACGAUGACAGCGAUGAUGACAUGAAUGUGGAUAAUGAAAAUUACGAUAAAUGCAUCAUCUGCGAAGAAUUCGGCAAAAACAAGGAAUUGUGGUACCGUUGCACCCUCUGCGGGCUGUGGGCCCACGCCAUAUGUUCGGGAUGGGAUGCACCAGAUGGUUUUAUCUGUGAUUUAUGUGUUCAAAAAUAAUUGUUAUCAUUUUCUAAUUAGUCCUAGCUUUGACAAUAAUGAUUAGUUUAUGAUACUAUGAUAAUUAAUACGAUUUUGUGUUUCUAGAACUCACUUUUAUUUUAUAAUGUUGAUAUCAUUCCUGUUUUUUUAAUUAACACAUAUAUAAUCGGUUAUAUUUCUUAAAAACAUGUUUGAGCGUCGUUACCCCGCACCCCGAGCGGUAUUACCCAGAGUAAGGGGGCAAUGCCGCUCAAGCAUGCUUUUUUUAAAAUGUUUUUUUACUAUUAGUAAAUAAAAGGUAUACGCUGUUAUUGUUAACUAGUUGAUUACUAGAGAGUUAAAGACUAUGUUUCUUUUUUAAAUUUUGAAUUAAAAUGUCUAAUCAAAAAAAUACACCAUUUUUUCGUUAGCUGAACGCCAUUCCCCCUCCUUACCCUACUAAUGUU